AUGACAAUCUCGCAAAUAGUUUUCUUAGGAAUAGCUUCUCGUCUAUUUGUCUGUUUACUAGCUACCACCUCCGCAUACCUAUUAGACGACUACGACUCUUCAGUCAGCACACUAUUAACCGCAAAAAAUAGUAGCAGCAGCACUGUUCUCCAAGCCUUCCUACGCUGGGACGCGUUUUAUUUCUUGCAUCUCGCCGAAGAAGGAUACGUCUAUGAACAAGAACAUGCAUUCUUUCCGUUAUUUCCCAUUCUCGUUAGAGGCAUUGCAAACUUCAUAAAAUUGUUUCCGUUGAUUUCUACUUUUAUUGUCAGUUAUGAAAGAACGGUACUACUCGUUAUCGGAGUGUUACUGUCGAAUUUUUUCUUUGUGGCUGCCGCAGUUGCUAUUUACAAUCUUAGCAUCGCCAUAUUCCACAACAAAAGAUUCGCCUGGAUCACCGCUAUUUUUUAUAUUCUCUCGCCAUCAUGUAUUUUCAUGUCUUCUUUGUACACCGAGAGCUUAUUCGCGUUUCUAAGCUUUUUGGGUAUGCGAUAUGUGGUGGAGAAGCGUUAUUGGCGAGCGGCUUUCGUAUGGGCGUUUGCAUCAUUUACACGAUCGAAUGGAAUCGCGUAUGCUGGAUUCUUUGUUUUUAAUUUAAUCUUGAAAAAGGAUGAUAUUAUUAAUAAUUUAAAUGGAUCGAUUAAUAUUGUGAAGGUAUUUUCAGCGAGACUAUUGAAAUCAAGUAUUCUUUGCGGAAUCUCCACAGUUGGAUUUGUGGUAUUUGAGAUUUACGGGUACAUGAGUUACUGUCCCGAAACCAAAACUACGACGACAAAUCCUCAUCGUCGUCCUUGGUGUGAAUCACGAAUUCCGUUACUAUACACUUUUGUUCAAACUUAUUACUGGAAUUGUGGAUUUCUAUCUUAUUACCAGGUGAAACAGAUUCCAAAUUUCUUAUUAGCAGCACCGAUGAUUCUUUUAUCAUUUUGUGGUAUAUUUAUGUACGCGAAAUAUGAUUGGGAAAGAUUUGUUUCUCUUGGAUGGAGAAGAAAUGAAUCAUUUAGUAAGAUUGUCAUCCAUAAUAAGAAAACAAAAGAAGAACAAGAAACCUCAACAUACUUCUCCUCAGAACUCUUACCAUUCAUUUACCUAUGGAUAGUAUUGCUCGUCUACGCGCUCACAUCAAUGCACAUUCAAGUGAUCACGCGAUUCUUUUCGUCACAACCAACAGUGUAUUGGUUCGCUAGUUACAUGCUAAUCGAGUCGAAAAGUAAUGAUGUGACGCGGAAAUGGGCGAAAUUGAUAUUAGGAUAUUUUGUGAUUUAUGGGUUGUGUGGAGUGAUUCUUUUUGCGAAUUUUUUCCCACCCGCUUAG